UAGCGUGAAGGUAGUUUGCUUGGGUGAGGUAGAGAGAGAAUCGCCCUUGUCGUUGUAAAGGUAAAUGGCGAGGUUGUACAUCGGUAGCCUAUAAUAAAUCAGUUUAUCAAUAGCGCUUGUAAUGUUCUUAGGCAAUACGUCUUAUUUAUCACAUGAAAAAGCGGUUUGUUUUUGAGACGAAUCUCCCGUACAAGGUUUGUGAAAAGACAUUCAGAAAACGGCAAGACAUCAGCCUUCAUCCCCGACAUGGAGCUCCGAGAAGAAUGGCAGGAUGAAGAGUUCCCUAGGCCUCUUCCUGAAGAUACACAGAGUCCUGAUGAUGAAGAGGAAAGCCCUGGAGCUGAGGGAAACAAACCUGUCCCACCAACUAGCCUGGCCCUGACAGGUAAUACCGUCAGGAAGAAGCGGCUAGUGGCGCCAACUCUUAGUUUAACACUGGACAAAACCUCAACCGACCGGAGCAUGAAAUCUGACGAGUUUGAUGCCUCUGCCCUUUCACCAUCUCCUGAUGAUGACCUAGAGAUGGACAUAAACCUGGAGGCCCUAGAGACGCCGUCAGACAGCGAGUCAUACAACUUCCCAGACAGCAUGCAUGACUUAGAGUGGGAAGAUGAUCUUCCCAGGAUGGGCAAAGCAGCGAUUAGAAAAGCCAGUUUACUGGAGCAUGCAGAGAUGGGACACCUGGACUUGGAUCAGGUGGACAACAAUGGGCGGCGAUGGAGGCGAUUCCAUAUUGGCGGCCAAGACUACCAAGUCAACAUGAGCGUUCUGGAGCCGUACCUUCAAGUUCUUUCCCACGGAGGAUAUUAUGGGGAUGGAUCGACAGCCAUCAUCAUGUUUACCUCCUGCUACCUACCAGAAAAUACAACAGAACACUAUGAGUAUGUAAUGGACAAUCUCUUCAGGUACAUUAUUGGCACACUGGACUUGAUGGUGUCUGAGAAUUACAUAUUGGUGUAUCUGUGUGGAAUGGCCCCUCGCAAUAAGAUGCCUGGGAUUAAAUGGCUUCGACAGUGUUACAUGUCCAUCGACAGAAGGUUAAGGAAGGAUUUAAAAGGCCUUUUCGUGGUUCACCCGGCCUGGUACGUGAGGGCGUUAAUCACCGUCAUCAAACCCUUCAUCAGUGAGAAAUUCAGCAGGAAGAUGCGCUUCAUCCACAGCUUGCAGGAACUGGCAGAGUUUGUUCCUGUGGCACAGCUGCAAAUCCCAGACUGCAUCAGAGAGUACGAUGAGCAGAUGAACAGGUGAAGGUGUGUGACGCAGGAGAGGAGAGGUGUACAUACUGUACAGACUUCACACUAGGGUGACAUGCAUGUGGGAAUUGGAGCUGGCUGGGGUUAAAGGUCAAGCUUUAGGGCAAAUGCCCUAAUGACAGAAAACAGCUUCAUACCAGACAACUCUUUGAUGAAAUACAAAAAGACAGUGUUGUCCUUCAGAGAGAGACACAGCUGUGUCGUGCCGUACGGUGGGUCAGGAGCGAUCCGCAAGCAACAUGAAAGCCUGUUUGACGUCACUGCAUUUAAACUGUUACACAAAUACAGACAAACAUGUUUCCCACACUGUAGAAAACUUCACAAUACACCCUCCACUCUUCAGAAAACCUAUUAUAUUUAGACACGAGAAAUGCCAAAUACUUCUAUCAGAACAUUUCCUUUUGGACUUGUGGUGAACAUACCCAAAUUAGGGUUUUAAUAAUUUCAUAUUUGCACUAAACGUUACAAAAUCUUGUAUGUUAUCUAAAACCUGUAUGAACCAUCAUAUGUAUAUGGCUUAAACUACACAUCUUGUAAAGUGGUAUUGACUCUAUUUCUAUUUUAUUGAAAUUUUUAUAUAUUCUUUAAAAUGCAUUGUAUUUGAGCAAUUCUCAAACUUUUAAUGCAAAAUCAGAGAGCUAUUACAAGAAAGUAUGUAAUGCUGUAAUAUUCGGUUUAUACUUGUACAUACUUGUUACAUAUAUAAUCGUGCUUGGUUUUAUUCUGGAAUACGGUAGGGAAAUGUUCUCUAAUAUUCAGCUGCUGCUGCUGCUGCUGCCUGUAAAGUGGCCCAUUGAAUGUGCUUUCAUUUAAUAGACUCCUAUGUGCAAAUAUUUAUACAAGGCCACACUUGAACAACCUGAGCUUUCAAACUGCACAUACUGUAUGUCUUUUCUAUGAUAUUUAAGGAAAUAAAGGGUUAUAUUAAACAA